AUGAUGCGAUUCGUGAUCCUUUCCCUGUUCAUCUCAAGCGCUUUCGCUUGCCUCGGCGGUGGCGGUGGCUGCUGCGGAGGUGGUGCCCCAUCGUGCGGAUCUCCAUGCGGAGGAGCUCUCCCACCAUCAGGCGGAGGCUACGCUCUCCCACCACCACCACCAUCCGGAGGAGGAUACGCUCAGGCCCCAAUCGGUGCCCCACCACCACCCCCACCAAUCGCUCUUCCACCCCCAGCGGCUCCUCAAGGAUACGUCGGAAAA